GACUCUGGAGACAACAGAGACCAGGAUGAUGGCAUCUCUCCUGUCUGUCCAUCAGUCUCACAUAUGUUUGGUGACUAAACAGUGUGUGUGUCUCUUUAAGCAGCUCAAAGAGCAGAGCCUGUUUGUUCAGUCUGUUAAUGUGUAAACCUGCAGCAGGAACAACUCCUCACAUCUGAAACUGAACUUACGGCUGUCUGCACCAUGGACACAGGAAUCAGUCAAUAUGAUUAAACUGCUGCUGCUUCAAGUCUCGCUGAGCUGCGACUGAGAGAACAAGCGAUCAUGGCUGCGGUCGGAGCAGAGGUCGUCGGCUCGGGGUUCCUCUCGCCUGGAGUCAUCAGUUUCUUCAUCCUCCUCCUCGUCCUCUCCAUCUUCCUCACAGCUCUCUGCAGCGAAUGCAAAAGACGUUCCUUUGAGCUGCGAGAAUGUGAGGACAAACAUCCUUCGGCUCUGAUCAGAGUGGUGAAGCUGGAAGACGCCAUGAUGGCGAGAGAGAAUCCAAUGAUCAAUGAGAUCCAGAAGGAUGAAAAAGCAAACACUGUCACCUUCACUCCAUGGAGGAGCCACUUGGGGGCGCCACACAACCACCAAGAUGUUCAGACCAAUGGCGGCGCAGCAGCGAUGAAGACGACGGCUUACGAAACUGCUGGAGUUACACACAUCACACCUGUUCUGGUUCUGGUCCAGUCUUAG